CGCGCCGGGUGUUGGCUCGGUGCCCGCUCCGCUGCCAGUCCCCGGAGCGCCGGCCCCAUCGCCGCCUGCGCCGCCCGCCCAACGCGCCCUCUCCAGCGCUUCAGCAUCCGCAUACCACUAGUGCUCCACGUCGCUCGCUACGCACACCAGGGCGCGCCCACUCAGAUUAUCCUCUCCAAAACCGGAACACAAAAACAAUCUACAUCACUUAGCAGUGUUUGUGUUUGCGGUAGAAAGUUGGAGAAAUAGUAGCGAAUCCGUAGCUGCCGAUUUAGGUCGCCCGGUUCGGUGCUAGCAGCGGGAUAUUUUUAUUGCCACCGUUGAGUGCAGACGGACGUGCGCCCAUGCACGUUGCUGGUCGAAUAAUUUAUUAUUUAUAGCAUAGAAUUGUAUAAAGCUCAUUCCAUAAACAUUCGUAGCUUAUCCUAGACUACGUUUACGUCGGAAUCUUGGACGACUGGCAUUAGUAAUAAGAGAAGGAAUGUGAUAAGUGAUCGAUUGGAGUAAGUGGCAUUUAGGUGAAAUCUAUGACAUUUGUGAAGUGCAUUUGAUACGUUUGUGAAGUGUAGUGAGGAUGCACCACCUAUACCCGAAGGUGAAGGGCGACCCCAUGUGCCCACUGGGGUUCCACCCGCAGGUGCGGUGGCCAACACGGUGCAAGCGCUGCUUCCGCGACUACAAAGAGCAUGGUGGUGGUAACGGCGCACGCAAGAGCCAAGACGACUUCACGGCAUCCACACCCAGCCUCUCCAGUUGGAACUCGCCAUCGUCACGGAGUCGUGAUGAAGAAAAUGGUGCAGACGUGGGGAAGACGGGCCGCAGUUGGGCAUCCAGCACGAACCUCAGUACAGUCGAACAGCCAAAAAAGGACAACUUCUCCACAGGGUUCAGUAGAACCAGCGCAUCGUGGACGUCGACGCCUGACCUGGGGGCUAACGACACCGAAUCGACCGCCGUCACCGUCAGCCUCAAGCUGCCCAAACGGCGAGCUACGGGACCACUACCGACCUUAGACACGGGACAAAAUCGUAAAGAUAUAGUCGACACGGUGACAAUACGUCGACCGUCGCCAUCGCCACCACCUCAAACCGUGCACCUCACCAUCAACAAGAAUGAUUCUCUCGCAGAACGCGUACGAAAGAUGCAAUUAAUAAAAGCUCAAAAUAGUUUUGAAAAAGAAUCCAGUUUAGAGAAAGAAAGAGAAAGACGAAGCGUGUCCAGGAGUAAAGAAGAAGAAAAACCAUCAAGACCGCAACCCAAGGAACAGAAAUCUUCUGCUAAAGAUGAUGUAAAUUUUAUGAUACAAGUAAAGAGUUCACGACACACAACAGCCACGGCUAAACCUCCAAAAAAAGGUGGCCCAUCAAAAGAAAAGGAAGAUGUGUCAGACGACGAGGCAAGUAUUGCUGGAACAAUCACAACAGAAACCACUUUAGUCGACGCUAACAUCAAGGAUUAUCAGGACCAAAUAGAAAGUCUGAAACAAGAAGUUGAUACGCUAAGAAAACGGUGUGAAAGGGUAGAAAAAGAGAAAAGUGACAUUCUUCUUCGAAGGUUAGCAAACAUUGAUACAGCUAAUAAAUAUACCACGGGAAGAUCCUCAGAAGUGUUAAAACUACAGCAAAAGGUCAAUGAACUUAAUGCGCAAAACGAAGAUUUGAAAGACGAGAAAAAACAUCUGUCAUUGAAAAUCAAGGAGAUAGAAUGUGAACUUGAGUCCCGGUCAGCAGUGGAAGCACAAACCCGCCAGAUUGAACAACUCAGGGCAAAGUUAAUAGCUGCAGAGACAUUGUGCGAGGAACUAAUGGACGAAAAUGAAGACAUGAAGAAGGAGCUUCGAGAUCUCGAAGAAGAAAUCGAGGAAAUGCAGGACAACUUUAGAGAGGAUCAAGCAGACGAAUACUCGUCGCUGAGAAGAGAACUGGAGCAAACUAUCAAGAAUUGUAGAGUUUUAUCAUUUAAAUUGAAAAAAACUGAAAGGAGGGCUGAUCAAUUAGAGCAGGAAAAAGCUGAACAAGAAAAAAAAUUGUUAGAGUUAGUCGGUGGCCAAGAAGGUUUACAGAGGGAGAAUCGUAUCAAGGAACUGGAACAAGAAGUAGCACGGUCCAACGAGGUGGCGCUGCGGUUACAACGAGAACUAGCUGAUGCUAACACGAAGUUAGUUUCUGCAUCUGGAGCACCACCUGCUAACCUCAAGAAGCAAACAAGCCUCACGGAAGGUAAAGUAUCACGUUCUUCGCUCACACGUGGAGGCAGCCAAGAAGAUCCGGCGCAGUUAUUGCGUGACCUCCAAGAUUCUUUGGAACGAGAAGCAGACCUUCGGGAACAACUACGUAAUGCUGAAGAAGAGGCUAGUCGAUAUCGACAACGCUUCGGUGGACGAAGAAUACCAGUACCGCCAAAAGGUUUUAAGUCAUCCCACCCCAAUCUAAUACCUCCACAGAACUCUACUAUUGUAGAUAUCGAGGCGGUUCGCAUGCAAAACGCUAAUAAGCGUUUAAUUGAAAUGCAACUCGCAUUAGAAAAGGGCUUAUCAUCUCUAGAUGUAAACCAAAUAACCAUUGGAAUAAAUGAAGCCAGUCAGUCUCCUCAAGAUUUCAUACAAAACUUCUCUCAGGGCUGUCAAACUGAUAUGUUGAUGAUUCAUGACGUAUCUACGGAAACCAGAAAAAUAACACUAGAUUUUAGUGAACAGUGCAACGACGAUACAUUAGAAAGGUAUACGCAAACUGAGACUCCUUUUACGAAAUCGAAAAACGUGCAAACAGAUUUCAUAAAAAGCAAUGGUUUUACUCAAACAAAUAAAUUGAAAUCAAGACACGCUUUCGUCCAAACAACAGGCAAACUGUACAGUGACAAGAGUGAGCAAAUCGCAAAGAUCGAAUUAGAUAAAGUCGACUCUUUCACGGAGACUGAAAUAACAACUGUAUACAGUCAAGGAACUUUAACGGAAAAUAUGCAAGUUCAUGAUACAAUAGACCUAGAUGAUAUUCGUAGAGACAUAAAUACUGAACUAAAUUACAACGAUGAAAGUAAUUUAGUAUCUAUCGUCCCAAACCCACAGACAAAAGAAAAGUCAGAAAGUCCACCUCUUUCUCCAGAUAAAAGUACAGCAGGCCCCUCAUCUUACUUUUCGUUCCCCUUCGUUUCACUAUUCAGACCAUCAUUGGUCGUAAAAUUACCAACAAUAGGUCGCAAGUUGUCACCUACACCACCAACCAACAGACUAGCUAUUGAGGCGCCCAAUGAGAAAGAUGAAGGCAUAUCUGACGAAGAAGAUCCUGCAGAACUACGGAUCUUACUUGAACUUAAUGAACAGGAAGCUGCGGUAUUACGACGAAAGGCAGAAGAACUGGAACAAGAUAGAGACUCACUGAAGAAACAAGUAAAAGAAUUGUCUGAAAAGAUUGCCAACUCUGCUACUAAAACUAACACAACUACAACACUUGGGCUCCGUAGGAACUCUGCUAAAACAAAUAAUUUAGCUGAAGAGAAAGUGAAGGUGUUAGAAGAUGAAAUAGCUGAACUUCGGAAGAAGCUCAUCGAGAAGGAACGAGACUGUGAACGCUUGCAUGCUGAACUUAGUCUAGCACAAAAGAAGCCCAAAGCUUCCUUAAUUAAGAGCAAAUCCUUAGACGGCGACCAGCAAAACGUGGAUUUGAAACGUCAACUUCAAGUAAUUGAACAAGAAGCCACAGUUCUUAGAGCCAAAACUCAGAGUUUAGAAGCUGACAAUGAAAAACUACAAGCUGAAAACAAAAGGCUGCUUCUACUAAAGAAUACAAAAACGUUAAAAUCUGACAAAUCUUUAGAACAAACCGGGACUAAAAUAACACAACUCGAAACAGAACUAAAGGAAGCUUUACUUAAAAUCAAGGAGUUAGAAAAUAGUAAAGAAAAGGAAGAAAAGACUGAAAAGAAAGUAAGAUUCGGCGACGUUCCCAAGGAAUCAGAUUCAUUGAAAGCCAAAACAGAUGAACUCAAUAAAUUGAAACUACAAUUUGUAAAGUUGGAGAAGGAAAACGCCAAAUUGCAAAGUACAUUAAAAGAACUGAAGGAAGAGGCUAUUAAAUAUUUCAAACCUCGUUCACCCAAGAAGCCAACUGACAUCACAACAAAAUUACAAAUGAAAAAGAUGGUUGAUGAACUUGAAAAUGAAAUAGGGGAAAUGUACGUCGUUAUGAAAAAUGCUGGUCUGUCCACAAAAGACCUUAAUUUCAAAGUGCAAUUAGAAAAGGACAUCGAAGAAGCAAAAUCCAAAUUACAAAGAAAUGAAUCAGAAUUCACAAAUGAAAAAAAUCGAUUACAAACUGACAUGGGCAAAUUAAAAGAUCUCAACACGAAGCUGGAAAAUGAGAAUAAAACUCUUGGUGACAAGUGUAAAAAGUUAGAAACCGAGAACAAUAAUCUAGUGAAUGAAAACAAAUCUAUAAAAGAAGAUAAGAAAAGCCUCGAGUCACAAAUCAGUAAACUUAAUGCGGAACUUAGUAAAAAUUCGUCUUCCCAGCAAGCAACUGCCUCUGAUCUUAAGAAGAAGAUAGAAGAUCUAAAAAAAGAAAUGGAAGCCAAAGAUAAAGAAGUAGAGAAACUAAAGAAACAAGUAGAAAAUGUGAACAAAUUAGAACAAGACAAGAACAAAUUACUCAAAGAGGUUGGAGAUAAAACUAAGAAGAUAGGAGAACUAGAAAAGAAACUAAAAGAAACCGAUGAUAAGAACAAACGUACUGAGAAACAGCUUGUUACUCGGAAGGAACGCGUAGCAAAGUUAGAAAAAGAGCUGUCUGAGGAAAAGGAACAAACAGAAGCGCUAGCCAAUUCUCACAGACGACUAUCCGUUGAAUUUAUAGGCGAAAAAGAUGAAAUGCAAGCUAAACUUAUUAAAACUGAAAGUAAACUUAUCACACUACAAUCAGAAAUGAGAGAAAUGAAGACUGAUUACGAAAGUAAAAUUACAAGUCUGGAAUCGACUGUAGCCGCUAAAGAUAUUCAUAUAAAACAACUGGAAGAUGCGCUUCGAGAAACCUCUAACCAGAAAUAUGAUGAGGCCGUGUCCUCAGUUGAGAUGGCUCAAAUGAAGAAUAAAUUAGAAAGCACUAUCAAAGACCUGAAAGAAAAGGAAGAAGAAUUAAUGGAAGCCAAACGCGAGCUAAGUAGGACUGAAAGGGAACUUUCCAAUUUACAAACAGAAGUAUCUCAAAUCAAAUCUGAUCUAACGAGGUUAGAAAAUGAGAAGAAAGAUCUUGAGAACAAAUUACAAGCUGAAAAGAAAGAAUCGGGGUACUGGGAAAGCAAAGCUUCCGAGCUGGAAACAGAUUUACAGGCUGACAGAAAGAAAUUGGAGAGAAUGCGAGCUGCUCACGAUAAAGACAUCAAAAACAAGGAGGCUGAGUUAGCAACACUCAGAGGAAAGUUAAAGGUUCUCGAACAGAGCUCAGGCGCUGGAGCCAAGAGAAUCGCUGAUCUGAAGCAGGAGCAUGAAGAGGCUGUUAAAAAGUUAGAACAUUCGCUAGCAGUAGAAAAGGCAGAGUACGAUGAAUUAACCGCCAAGUAUGAAAUAUUAGAAGAAGAACAUGUAGUUACGAAAGCUAAGCUCACUGUCGAAAAGGAACAGGCUCAGGGUGAACUUCUGCACGUACAAAAACAGUUGAACACGACUUUAGACGAGUUGAAAACUCUUCAAGAUAACUAUGACACCCAAUCUUCUAUUUGGAUUAAAGAAAAAUCAGACCUACAGACUGAAAUAUCAUCUUUACAAGAAAGACUAUGUGGUGGUGGUUGGGAAGUAGAAAAAGCGAGAUUAACUGCUCGAUUAGAUAAAUGCGAAAAAGACCUGCGAACGGCACAGGAACAACGUGACGUGAUUGAACAUCAUUGGGAACUUGCCAAAAAAGAACUUGAGGAAGCCAAGAACAAACUAGAAGAUUAUGAAAGGUUAUCAAAGAUACAAAGGAACUUGACGUCAGUAAAUGUAGAACUGGAACACGAGUUAGCUGAAUUAAACAAACGGCUCGAACAAGCUGAUAAAGCAAGAAAGGCUGAAGUCUCAGAAACAAAGAUGAGAUACGAAGGCCAAAUGAACUCUAUGCGUGAAGAGCUGAAAUCAUUGCACAAUCAGGUCUCAAGAUUUAAGAGAGAAAGAGAUAACUAUAGGCAAAUGCUAGAGGCCGCCCAAAAAUCGAUGGCUGAUCUCAGAAGUGGUGAAAAGAAUCCCAGAAGCAAAAGGACAUCAAUAUCCAGCACAGAUGAGGAGGAAUAUCGAAACAAAGUUGCCACAUUAGAGCAACAAGUUGCGUGUCUUGAAGACGAGUUAUGCGAAGCACGUAUGUUGUCUUCGAAAUUGAAUACAGAACUCGUUAGCGAAAAAUCCGCAGCAGAAAUCCGCCUUGCUGAAAUGCAAUCUAGGCUCAACGAGUACGAAGAAGAAAGAAUGCUGUCUUCAGGCCGCGCAAGAGUGGCAGGUUUAGCAACGCGCAUGGAACUAGCGUGGCACAAAGAACGUGAUGAACAACAGCGGUUGCUCCAAGAGACGUCUACACUUGCUAGAGACUUGCGACAGACGCUUUUUGAGGUGGAACGUGAACGAGACAAAGAGAGGUUAGACAUGAAAAGACGAAUGGAUCAGUUGAAGAAAACUACGGAGGAAGAAACUGAAGAGGCCAAAAAGAAGAUUACAGAGCUGCAGUGUGAUCUUCUUGAAUUACGCGAUGCUCACGCUAAGUUAAGAACUGCAAAUGAAAAGUUACGGCGAGAUAAAGAUCGACAUGAUCGUGACCGUGACCAAAACAAAUUACUCGUCGGUUCCCUCAAGAGAGCACAACAGGAGGAUGACCGGAUAAUAACUCAGCUACUGGAAACAAUUGAAGACCUGAUGAAGCAGAGUCCAGAACUGUUCCGAAAUGAGCCACCAGUUAAACCUGAGAAGAGUUUAAUGACUCCCACGCCUCCGAGAAGAAAUAGGUCGUCCAAAUCCCGGUCCCGGUCAGCAACUCCAGACAGCGCAGAAGCCGCGCAAAUGGAAGCUGCCAACACCGCGGCGCGACUCCGGAGGCUGACUGAUGAACUCCGAGCAUCGCGUAUUGCAGAACGACAGCGCAGGCAACAAGCAACCGCUAGACGGGCUAUGUCAACCGAACCACGCGACACUUCAUUAUCGGUGGCACCUAUAAGUCGUACACCUACUCGCACGCCGUCUCUUAAGAAACGCUCAAUCUCGCUUGAGCAGACUACUAAAGAACAGAGCCAAAUUUGGAAGUCGGUAGACGAAAGCAGUGUAUCAUCAAUGCAAUCCUUGGACGGCGAUACAGACAUUCGUCAUUUUACCAUGCAACGUGACACGAGUCUGGACAGCCGAUUGUCGGGCGGUUCAGCGCAGAGCGACGUAUUGCCAACAGACAAAAAGAAAAAGAAGAGUUUGUUUGGCAAACUGAAGAAGCUUACCAAGUCACGUUCUAUCGAUGACCAAGUUGACCCGGAAAUUGUUGAAUUUAGACCAAUUGGUACUGUUUCUCAGGGGUCGGAUUCUGAUAUGAGCGCGGCAGGCAGUAAGCGUGAUUUACGAGGUCGGCUAUCGGAUAUGUUUAGCAGAAAAGGACAGAUGUCCCGAGGAAAUAGCAAAGAAAAAAGCCCAGAGCGACCCGCUAGUGCGGCGGGAAACGUUUCAAGUAGCGCAACUAAACAAAUUUCAAGGAAUGCAAGCUCUUCGACAUUACUUCGCCCAUCGCCUGCUAAAACGAAUGAAGUUCUCAAAAACUCAAGAGCUUCAAGCGCCACCCCGAUAAUGAGAAAAGGGAAAUAAUUGAUACUAUUCGUGUUUCACUUCUUUAUAGUGUAUUUAUCCAUUCUCCUAUGAUUUCCACAUAGCAUGUAAUAUCACAAUACAUAUCAAUAAUUCGUCUGUAUAACUAUCGUAGACACGCAUCAAAAUAGAGUUACAAAGUAUGAACAGUCAG